AUGGACGACAAUCCCGAGCGCUCACGCGCUCAACGCGCAGCUUCAAAUGCAACAAACAACCAAGCAAGCGAGUCGAACUCCAAACCAGCAAGCAUCAAUGACCCGAGCGAAGAGACGGUGGCUCCGCCGCUAUCUGAAGGUCAAUCGACUCCAAGCAAGAAUCAAGAAUCAACCGAAGCAGCGCCUUCGUCUGCUGCGUCCCACACAGAUGAGCAGUUGUACGAUUCUACUCCGCCUCGCAAGACCGCAUCUGCCCCAGUAACUGUCAAGUCAUCUCUGAAUGGCGGGAUCAGUGUCGACAAAGACACGAUGAUUCCUGACGGUGGCUGGCAGACAGUGCCAAACACUCGCAAAUCUGACAGUGCGGCACCUCAGUCGCGCGUGCCAAUUCCAGAGUCCAAGCCGCAAAUCCUCCCGCCUGUUGCUCCGCUGCAGAGUCUCAAGCCCACUGCUCGGCUGAAGAGUCUCAACCCCACUGCUCGGCUGCAGGGUCUCAAGCCUGUCACGAAGCCGAUUGACCUCAAGUCUGAGCGCCCACCAAAAGCGCCAGCGCAUGACCACAUCGGAGAGGCUUUCCUCGUGUCAGCAAGAAAGCAGGAGGACAAGAAGAGCCACAAGAGCCGGACGCAGCAGACGGAUGAUAAAUCGGUUCCUGACACGCAAAGCAAUGCAGCCACACCGCCUGCCAUUGAUGCGAAGCCCGAAGGAAGGGCAAAGCCUGUCAAGGAUGCGAAGCUCGAAGCCAGGACCACUUCUGUGGCCGCCGCAACUCCUGUGGCCGCCGCAACUCCUGUGGCCGCCGCAACUCCUGUGGUCGAGGCAACUCCCGUGGCCGCCGCAACUCCCGUGGUCGAGGCAACGGCAGAGAAGGAGAAGACCAAGCAAGAAGCCAAGUCGGUGGAGGCGAACAAGGUCGAGGAGAAGCCAACUGAUAUCGAGCCACUCCUCACUCUUGAGUCGUUGCCGCCAUGGCUCCGAGACUGGACCGUUGUGAUUCCAGUCGGGGAUGCCGUCGAUGAUCUGUUCCGAGCCUCUCGACCGCAAAUGGGAGUCACCUCAUACGACGACACCUGUAAAGAUGGACUGAUCCGCAGAAAAAUACUUGCGAAGCACGAUCCAGAGUUCUUCAUUGCAAUGACUGACAGUCAUCUGUGGAAGACAUACAUCGAUGUCUACGAUCGACUCCUCAAAGCUUCAAGUUUUCCGACUGUAUUGACCUUCACCAACACGAACGGCGAGAUUGUUGACCUCAACAUCGCGUUCGAGAUGAUGCAAGACUCGCUCCUGACGGCUGUUCCGAGAGCUUCUGAAGAGCUCAGCGUCCUCGCCACAACAACCAUGAAGGAACUCCGAGUCGCCGUUGGCAAGUGCUGUGCGGCGAUGGACAUGUCCGAAGAUCAAGUCGGCCGCAUCAGCGCCAAGACUGAGAAGUCAAACAGGGCUUACAAUCGUCAGGUCGAGGACAUCUUGGCAAAUUGGGCUCUGAAGUUGAAAGAACUUUCGGUGAAGAUUGCGAAGAAUGCACACCACGAGGAUACUCAGAACGCAGUCAAAAAACAGGUCGAUGGUAUGUUGCCCGAGUUGGUCGAUGCUCGCGUCAAAACCCACAUUGCCAGCUUCACUCAGAAGAUCGGCAUGGCCGGUAACUUGUGCAGACGGAGGACCGCCACGCCACGGCUCUUGAGGAUCAGAAGAAGCAGGCCGCCGCCGCAUCAAAGCUCCCUGCUGCCGGCAUUGAGGACCUCACCGAGCUGA